AUGUUGCAGCUCUGGGAAAUCAGGGAGGAGUGGAUCUCAGCCUAUUUCAAGAACGUCUUCUGCGCAAGAAUGACAUCUACUCAGCGCUCAGAAAGCAUGAAUGCAUCCCUAAAGCGUAGUCUGUUAAAUGAGAAGCUCAGUCUGAACCGUUUUGCAGAACAAGUUACGAAACUAAUAUUCCAAAGGAGACAGGCAGAAAAUUUAAAGACAUAUGCAAUACAGGCUCUGCUGAAGAAAAGCACACUCUUCCGCAUAAAACCAAACCCAGACUACCCUGAACUUGAUGAGUACAAUUAUCUGGUGACCUAUCACCAACCAACGACCGACUUUUCUUGGUCAAACCAUCAGUUCAGAGUACUUGCAGAUCCUAUUGGAGGCGAAUACAGGUGUGAGUGUCUGCUAUGGGAACACACAGGACUGUUCUGCCUACAUGUUUUAUGCCUGCUGGACCACCUGAGGGUUGAUAGCAUUCCAGUCAGUUACAUACUAAGAAGGUACACUAAUGGAGCGCGACAUAGAGGAACUUUUGAUAGGAUAGAUUACAAGACACAAGCUUCUGAUGGAACCUCGUAUCUGUACCAGCAGAAUGAAUCACUGUAUGACGAACUUGAUGCAAUGGGUUCGUCAACACCAGAUAAUGAUGAAGAUGGUUCAGGCCAGUGCCCAGAUAUUGAUGAGUUUGAGCCUGAAGAAACUCACUUUUGGACAAAAAACCAACAGACAUAUCCUGAUUGUCCUAACCAGCAAGAUGAUCAGCCUGACAACGAUGGUAACAGUAUGCCGCAGAGGGUUAUACUACCACCACCUAAGUACAAAACUAAAGGAAGCAGGAAUAAGGAACCUGGUGGCUCUAAACCUCCGGGAGCUAUGAAGAAAAAGGUAACAAACCAAAAGGAAACUCAUGAAUGA